AACCUCUGCUCGUAUCCCGUUGAUCCCAGUACGUUGUGUGAAUGGGGGCUUAAGGAUACGGUUGACUACGAGAGCCUUCCCGAAGGUGUAUCGCCAGCCGUCCAUAUGCUGGCUGGUGCAUCUGCCGGCUUCAUGGAACACUCCAUUAUGUAUCCUGUUGAUUGCGUCAAGACUAGGCUCCAGUGCAUUCGUCCCUCCGGUGGCCAGCGGUACCUCAGUCAAUUGAAGAAGCGUCUUACCAGUCCUACAGAGUCAAAUCAUCUUUUACAUGCGUUCAGUGGCGCCAGUGCAACUUUGGUACAUGACGCUAUUAUGACGCCCACAGAUGCUGUUAAACAAAGACUCCAAAUGUUCAACAGCCCUUACCACACUUCCUGGGACUGUGUCGUACGAGUCCUCCGGACUGAAGGAGUUUCCGCCCUCUACCGGGCCUACUUCACCCAACUCUGGACAAAUAUUCCCUUCCAGAGUUGCCAUUUCAUGGUGUACGAGUUCCUACAGGAUAAGCUGAAUCCCUCGCGGACCUACCUCCCCUGGAGUCACAUUGUGUGCGGCGGCCUUGCUGGUUCUGUUGCGGCUGCCAUCACCACACCUAUGGAUGUCUGCAAGACCAUUCUCAAUACACAGUUGAUCCGCGGUUUACUCUCGGCUGGACAUUUUGUUAUCAAAACCCAUGGUUUCCGGGGUCUUGUCCUUGGCUUGAACGCUCGCGUUGUAGCCACCCUGCCCGGCACAGCCAUCUCUUGGUCCGUGUAUGAGUACUUUAAAUGGGCCCUUAUUCAUAGCUCUGAUCGUCCCUCUAUCCCUGUACAUCCUACUAUUCCUUCUUCUGUUUCCAUGGAGUCCCAGCCCCCUGGUUCCUUUUAA